GCUGACGAGACGCUGAUUGUGUUGUUGUUGAAUUGAAAUCGAUGAAGCUGUGAGGGCGCAAUUGUGACUGCAAUAUCAAGAAUCGUUUGCAGAAAUUCGCACUUUCUACGUUGGAAACUUACUGGUGUGCUCCAUUAUUUUUACCAGCUGGCGGAGCCAUGUCAGAGAGCUCAAGUGACACAGAGUCCUCCUGUGGGUGGACUAUCAUAAGUAAUGAAGGUUCAGAUAUUGAGGCCCUGGGGCCAGAGAACGGCCUGGAAUGUGGAUCUGAUCUCCCAGAGAGCGCAGUGCUGGAGCCAGAGCUGCUGCAGAACCAACCCACCUCUCUCUCUGCUGAGUUCACUGAGGAGAGGGGUGAGUCAUCUCUUGAUGCCACUCUAAAAGAAGAAACCUUAGAUGAAACAUUGUCUGCUUCUGAGGCUGGAGGUGAGGUGGCCGGGGACGAGCAAGUGACUCUGUGCUCCUCCAGUGACCACUCUGACAUUGUGACUCUGGUGGACACGAGGGAGACUGAGCUCGGGCCUUGGGAUGAGCAGACGGUGGAGGAGGAAGAGGGAGCAGUCAGUGAGGAGCUCUACCUGGGCACCUCUUCCAGCAGCCAGUACACCUUCAGCGCAGCAGAGACUGCCAGGCUGAUGAUGCGCCACUGGAAGCUUCCACAGAGUCUGUGGGACUUGGGCUGCCAACUGAAAGGGCAGAUGUCUGGCAGCCGUUCUCUCUCAGUUUUCCCUGCGGAGCAGCCUGUGGUUGCAGACUCCAGCAGCAGUGAGGAUGAGGGAGGAGAGCAGGUCACCCCAGUAGUGCGGAGGCGCAGGGUGAGGAAGAGCACCACUAGCUCUGUGCCUGAGCCUGGAGAGGAGGUGCAGGAGUCUGGCCACAGUGACCGAGAGGAGACUCAAGAGGAGGACCAGAAGGAGGUACAGGAGGAGGAGGUGCAGCAGGAACCUUGCGUUGCAGCCCCACCUCAAGGCCAUGUCAGCAGCACCCUUAACAAAUGUAUCCUACUAGCCCUCAUCAUCGCCAUCAGCAUGGGCUUUGGUCACUUCUAUGGAAAAUUUGAAGGCACAGUACAGGUUCAGGAGAGGCAGAAGAUUGUGGAGAAGCUCUGUGGAGUGAACGACCUUGGUAAUUCGAGAGAUCUGCAGCCUCAGUGUCAUAAAGGACCAAAUGUCAUCAGCAAGCAAUGCUCAGUGGGCACUCAUUUCACUAUUAUUCGUCAAGAAAAUCUAACAUCUGUGGACGUGGUUAAGAGUCUGAGAGAAGACCUAAAGGACAAGAGUGACAUGAUGCUGUCCCUCACAGGGAUUAUGGACAAGCUUACUAAAGAGAACCAGGAUCUCAGAUCCAAACAGGCCCAGCUACAGGCCCAGAAAGAAGACUUGGUCGUGAAACUGAAGCAGACUGGCGAAAAGAGGGUUAAGAUUGAGUCUAAGCAGAGUCACCUGAUGGUGGAGAACCAGCUGCUGAAGAGCUCCCUGGAGCGUGAGGAGGAGUCCCUGUCCACCCUUCAGGAGGAGCUGAGGAACCUGCGCUCCCAGAUCCGAGAACUGGAGGAGACUGGGGCCGGGGCAGACUCCAUACUGUCUGAGAACCAGAGGCUGAAGGACCACCUGGAGGAGGAGACGCAGCGCCUCCGCAGCUUCCUGAGCCAGAGGGAGGCCCUGAUGGCUGAGGCCCAGACGCUGAGGAGGGAGCUGGAUAAUGAGCGGAGGGUGACUGACCAGCUUAGGGAGCAGCUGAGCAGCCGCAACACCAGGGCUGGAGGAGAGGUCGACCCGGAGACAGAGGAGCUGCAGUCACGGCUCAUGGAGUUGCAGAAGAAGCUGAGCUUUGAGCAGCAGCGCUCUGACCUUUGGGAGAGGCUCUAUGUGGAAACCAAAGAGGAGCGGGCCAAGGGAGACGAGCAGGCCAAAGUCAAGAGGUCCAAGGAUGGCGUGAUAGGGAAGGUGAAAGACACUUUUGAUGCGGUGAAGAACUCCACCAAGGAGUUUGUGCACCAUCACAAAGAGCAGAUAACGAAAGCCAAAGAGGCUGUGAAGGAGAAUCUGAGGAAGUUCUCCGAUUCUGUGAAAUCCACCUUCCGCCACUUCAAGGACUCUGCUUCGCGUAUGAUGGACAAGACUUACCGGCCUCACGAUCGGAGGUUUCACGAGAGGAAGGAWGCCAAGCCUGAGCAGCAGGAGYAUCAUAGAGACCAUGGAAACAAGCACUCAGAGGAGGAACCAUGGCAGCCCAKAACCCACAAGCCCCUGCAUCGUCACCCUCGUAAAUCCACUGAYGACUCUUUCCAGGCACACCGUAACACCCGGAAGUCAGGGRGUAAAGUUGAGGAGGACCCAGASGCUGAGCMACAACAAAGAGGAGUGCCCAAAGGUUGCUCUGGGGUUUUCGACUGUGCCUACCAAGAAUCCAUGAGCCUCUUCAACAAAGCSAUGGACCCCAUAAGAGCAGAUGAGUUCAACCAGCUGCUUCACAGCUACCUCCAGCAGGAGGUUGACCACUUCCACCACUGGACUGAGCUGGAGAGCUUUAUWAAMAAUUUCUUUCACAAYGGCGUCUUCAUCCACGAUCAGAUGCUGUUCACAGACUUUGUUAGUGGUGUGGAAGACUACCUGGAGGACAUGGAUGAGUACCAUGGCCACAACGAUGACGUCUUUGAAGAUCUUGAUGAGUAUGUCUACAGGCACUUCUUUGGAGAUACCUACUCAAAACGUUAUGGGUCAAGUAGACCCUUUGAAGUGCCAAAUACGGAUACUAAAGAAGAAAGACUAGCCAAGCAGCAGCAGCGCAAUCAGAGGGCCCGGCCCCGGUCACAAAGAGAGAGGAAGUGGAGCAGAGCAGGACGGAACACAGACAGACACAUGGCUGAUGUAAAAAUAGAGUUGGGUCCUAUGCCCUUUGAUCCCAAAUAUUGAGAAUAAUCUUACCUAAUGAAUCCGUUUUAAUAAUGGCUGAUAUUGUAGUUGCAAAGGCUAUUUAGGAUGUGUUUGAUGGAAAGCCUUUUCACUUCUUAUUCUUCUGUUUUUGUGAUUUUGCACAAUGUUCUUUUAACUCUGCCGAAUGUCCCCUUGCUUCCUGUGUUGUGUAAGCAAUCCUUAGGUUAGUGUCAAUGGUGGUGUAUCUGACUGCAUCUAAUCUCAUGCGCACAAAGAAGAUUAUUGCUGCAAUGAUUUAGCCAUGAAUUGUCUUUAAAUAUGACUAACUACAGCAAUUAAACAUGGGAAUACAGUAAGUAAAUCUGACAGUAGCUAACUCUGUAGUACACAUUCAUUGUCAUCAGGUCAGCUGUUACAUGUUCAUGUUCUUUUUAAGAGCCAUCACUGACUAAUUUGCACAACAUUUCUUAUUUUUGGGCCUUGUUUAAAAAAAUAAAAAAUAAUAAUCUGUUACCAUUUUAAUUGUCUAAAUGUAGGCCUAUUGCAAAUGAAUAAUGAUUCAUUGGAUGGAUCCAACAAUGGAAAGAAAUAUAAUUUUUGUCAGUGGCAUUGAGAAGUUAUGCACUGACAAAUACACUUUAAUUUCCAUUCCAAAUUGAUAAUUGUGAGAUGAUAGCCUAAACAAUUGCUGACAAUGAUACUGUUGUGUGCAGUAAAACUUUAAAAGUAGCAAAACCACUGAGAAAUACUUGCAAGAAUGCAAGCUGGUUCCACAGUCGAUUUCUAUAAUUUGCUGCUACGUUACAUAUUUGUUUAAAAUGGUGAGAUAAAGUGCAACUGUGUUGUCGUUAAAUUGUUCAGUAACAUUCCAACUAUGGCUUGUUUUAUUAAGGCUGAUUUAUUUCCUUUCAUUUACAGAUGUGCUGUUGAAAAUUAAUUGCAGCUUCCCAAUAAAAAAAAAGUGAAUAUUAA